UAUGCGUGCCAACGUGAGUGCGAAGGCGUGCGCGGUUUGAGUUGCAGCCUCCCCGCUCUGUAAUACCUAUAAUCCCCCCACGCCUCGAUUGACAGCGACUACGACUUCACCCCAUGCAAUAUAAAAAUCGGCCAACGCCAACCUUCGUUCCCGAUUCAUCCAUCGCGUUUUCGACAGCAGCGGAGGCUAGCUGGAUUCCUCUUGUCCCGGGUGCCUAGCGUUUGGACACGAGCAUCAGCAGUAACGUUAUCGCUAUCGAGGAGGACGGCCGUGGUGAUGAGCAGAGUCUUCGGGAACCGGAGCGGAUGAUGCGCGGCACAGGAGGUGUGAGGCCGGAGCAGGGGAUUAUGGGUAGAGACGGAGGCGGCGUGCAGCAGGACAUGAAGAGUGACCGCUGUGGGGAGGAGGAAGCCUCGGCCCACGGCUGCUAGCACAAACGAUCAUCCGUCACUGAGACAAGAGGAGGAGGAGGAAGAGGAGGAGAAGUGGCAGUCCUUGGUCCCCCUGUCCCCACUGUGUCGAUAACUAGUUCCUCUUUCCCAACAUCACGCUAACACACUCCCACACGAACACUCACUCAGACACACAAACACACGCGCACCACACACACACACACACACACACACACACACACACACACACACACACACACACACACACACACACACUCAACGCUCUCCAUCCAGCCAUCACCAUGACGACCUCGGCGCUCCGUCGGCAAGUGAAGAACAUCGUGCACAACUACUCUGAGGCCGAGAUCAAGGUCCGUGAGGCGACCUCGAAUGACCCCUGGGGUCCAUCGAGUUCGCUGAUGUCAGAGAUCGCUGACCUCACCUUCAGCGUGGUGGCCUUCUCUGAGGUUAUGAGUAUGGUGUGGAAACGGCUCAACGACCAUGGGAAGAACUGGAGACACGUCUACAAGGCCCUGACGCUGCUGGACUACCUGGCCAAGACAGGCUCGGAGCGGGUGGCACAGCAGUGCCGGGAGAACGCCUUCACCAUCCAGACGCUGCGCGACUUCCAGUACGUGGACCGCGACGGCCGUGACCAGGGCCUGAAUGUGCGUGAGAAGGCCAAGCAGCUGGCGGCGUUGCUGCGUGACGACGAGCGGCUCCGUCAGGAGCGAGCCCAGGCCCUGAAGACCAAGGAGCGCAUGGCAGGCGGGGGCACUGGUGGAGGAGGAGGAGGAGGAGGAGGAGGAGGUGUUGGAGGAGGAGGAGGAGGAGGGCUGGGUGGGGCGGCGGUGCCCCCGGCGUACCCAGGCAGAAGGAGCAGCCAGCCCAGCAUGGCAGCACUCUACGGGGAGGAGUUCAGCCGCUCCAGAGGAUCACCAUCCUCAUUCAACUCGUCCUCCUCAUCUCCGCGAGCGUCUGAUCUGGAGCAGACUCGACCGCAAACCAGCGGGGAGGAGGAGCUGCAGCUACAGCUGGCCCUGGCCAUGAGCCGCCAGGAGAGCCAGAAGGAACAGCACAGUCGCCAAGGAGAUGAUUCAUUCCUUCAGAAAGCCCUUGAUGAAAGCAGAAGAGCCGAUGAACCAGGAACAGGAGAGCACAUGAGGGAUCUGGUGGACAUAUUUGGACCUGUCUCAGAGGCGCCCCCUAGUGAAGACCCCUGGGACACACAGCCCUCCUGCCCUGUCAACUCUGACCCCUGGGAGUCUGUGGCGGUGGUGAACUCCAGCACGCCAGUCAUUGGCAGCCCCUGGAUGGGCCGCCGUGGCUCCAGUAGCCCCUCCCAGCCCUGGGGUUGCAGCCAAUCGUCAACAGAUCCAUGGGAAGCCCCGCCCUCCAAAAGCAGCCCAAACUCUGUCAAUCAUGCAUGGAAAAGCCCAACAAAUAAUGGUGAUCCCUUUUCUGCCCAGGAAGAGGAGGGGCCUAGAGAGGAAGAGGAGGGGCUUCCCAACCUCUUCAGUCCUCGUGCUGUGAGUCCAGCAGAUUCGGAUCCCUUCGGAGACUCGGUCGUGGUGGCGGAGCAGGUGAACGGGCGUGUCGGAGACGAGAGCCCCGAGACCUUUGACCUCUCGCGCCUGGGCCCGCCCCUGACGGCUGCUGCCAUGGCAACGGCGACAUCGCCGCGACCCUGUCGGACGCCCGAGGCAUUCCUGGGCCCCACGGCCGCCUCGCUGGUCAACCUGGACACACUCAUCCCCGCCAACCCGCCGACCACGAGCAGGAACCCCUUUCUGUCCGGUCUCAGUGCUCCCUCCCCCACUAACCCGUUCCACUGUGACCAGCCGCGCCUCACCCUUAACCAGCUGCGUCCGUGCUCCACCUCCCCUCUGCCCCCUCCUGCCCACACCUCCUCCUCCUCCUCCUCCUCCCUGCCCUACAGCGCCUCCUUGCCCCUGCCGGUGCCCCGCCACGCCGCCGCCCCCUCCCUGCCCUCCUCCUUCACCCAGCCCCCGCAGGGCCUCCUGGAUCUGCCCUCCAACCUGCCCCAGCCGCUGUUGCCCCUCUCUUCUGCCCCCAUGCUGCUGCAGCAGCAGCAGCAGCAGCAGCACAACAACCACCUCCAUCACAACCACCACCACCACCACCACCACCAGCAGCAGCAGCAGCAUCCACAGCGCUUCUCCCCGCAGCCUCGCCACCUGAUGCAGCCCCAGAGCCACAGCCACAACCCCUUCCUCUGAGGCCAGGCAGACACCAGGCACGGUUGGACCUGCAUCAGGGAUUGGGAUUGAGAUCGGAAUUGGGACUAGAGUCUGGAUUUUAAGUCUGAAUUGGGAUAAAAGUCUAGAUCUGAAUCAGGGAUCUGGAUUGGAAUCUAGACCAUAAUCUGGAUUGAGAUCUGAAUUGGGAUUAGAGACUGGAUUGAAAUCUGAAUUGGGAUAAAAGUCUAGAGUCUGAAUCAGAAUCUACAUCUGGAUAAAAGCUAAGGUUUAGGUCUGAAUCCAGGUCAACAUCAAGUCUUCAAUCUUAAUUCGAAUCUCAAGCUGGAUCUAAAAUGGAGGACAAGGAACAGAGUCAUGAAUGAGGAAAUGUGGAUCUAGAUCUGGAUCCAGAUUAUGGUUUGCACGUGGACAGAGUGCAUCACCAUUUUCAGAAGACCUUGAAUAUCAGUCUAGGUCUUAAAUUGUGAUUGUGGAUCUGGAACUUUUGCCCUGGAUCAUGAUACGGUUUCAGGUGAGGCUGAGAUCUGGACCCAAGGAGUGAAUGUAAAUGAAAUGUCAUUAAAACUAUAUGAGACUCCAGAGAAGAGGAGCUAAGCCCAUUAAGGCCUCUGAUCCAAAUCCUCCAGGGAUGUGAAUUUGAUUGUAUUUGUGUGAAAACGGUCCGCAGCAGAUUAAGCUAUUUGAAUCUGAAUUAAGUGUAACAGCUUUGGCAGGGUACAGACUCCAUCUUCAAUUGUUUGAUGGGGUAAGAAUAUAUAUUUUACAAAUGUAUCCUGUAGACCCACGUUGUAUGCAGUUGAAGAGAGAAAAAAACAUGGUCACACUCUGUCUCACAUACACACGUGCUCUAUCUCUCUCUCUCUCACAC